CGCCAUGAAGAGAUUAAAAAAAUUAAAAAUAAAAUUUUUAGGCCGGCCAAGCCAGCGGUAAUCCAGGGUCACCCUGCCAUGCGCUGAACCCUCCCCACCCUCAUGAUUACGGACCGGGUGGCUGACCUCCUCCACCUCCACCACGGCAUGCUUCGCUAUCUCAUGCUAUAUAACCAUCAAGGUUUCUCCCGGACGGAAGACACUCGUUCCCUAUCCAUCGCAAAGUCUCUUCGGAACGUGUCUCAUCGCAUUGACCUGUGCAACUGAUACAGUUGUCUCUCCACCACAUUCACAUUCACAAUCUACAUCCACACCCACAUCUACUCUACCACUCUCACCAUGCCUUACCGCACCAACUACGAGCCUUAUACUAGCCAGAGCUUCGAAAUGAAGCGAGAACUCUCCACCGAGGAAAUCCUCUACCCUCUGGGAUCACUCUACCCACACGUCGUGGCCCUCCAGCUUCAAACCGACGAAUACCCAUGGUGCAAGGCCAACAACUACGCUGGCUAUGACAGCAGCUCCUCCACGGACGAGUCGGAGGAUUUGUCCGCUAAACCGACACUACGCAGGAACAGUGACUCCACAGCCUGCCGCUUGGUAUCACGAAUUCGAAGACUUCUCAGCCGCGACGAGCUGAGACGGCGCAGACAAGCCUGAACAUCUUUCCUUAUCACUUUCUUUUUCUUCGACGACUGUUUCUGUUAUUUGCAUAGCCGCUGAGCGAUCCGUCUGGCACGACGGUUUUCAUUUGUCUAUCAUCAUCACCACAAUCAUCCUUCCAGCAUGCUGGAUCACUCCUUGAGACAUUUCCUUAUUGUUGUUGUUUCGUCGCCGGUUGCAGGGUCAUUUCGGGAUGGGUUUAGCGAGGAGUUUCGGGCAUUGAAGCAAGGGCGAACCAGGCACGGCCGGUUUCGGUAUCGAUUAGUCCUGACUGACUGGGUCAGAUGAGUAAAUAAUUUUAAUGGAUGAAUGCAUGUGAACCCCAAG